UAGGCUAAUUAGAGCAAUGCAAUGGCGGCGGCACUCUUAACGUGUCUCUUGCAGGAUCCUUAAAAAGGCACUGCAUUUGCCAAGGUCGUUUUAGUUCACUUUAAUUUGCAAACGCGUCGGGUUCAAAGAAAUUUUCUCCUCUUACUCGAGUUUUUCACAACGAGCCGCAUGUGAAAAUGAGCGAUUUUAGCAUUGACUAUAUACUAAAUCGUGCCGGCGAAAGAUAUAUCGGCACCAAUGCUUCUAUCUGCAUUGCGGACCGUAUUAAAUUAGAGCAGCAGCAUCGUUACCAACAGGAAGCUUUCAACAAUUACAAUUCUGUUGCAGCUAUGGAAAUGGCCAGUAUUGCUGCAGCCGGUGGAGUAGACGCAACGAUCGCUGGCUUCAACAAUGCAAGUGUCGAGCAAAUACCGAUGUUCGAUUGGCUGCACUACACUCGCUACCAUCCGCCGCGUUUGCCACGCAACUUGCGUCAACCGCCCGUCAAACGCACGCCCGGCCGUCUGCCUCGCAUCCCAUUUACACCCACACAAUUGGAGGCUUUGGAAAAUGCCUAUCGCACGUCUAACUACUUGAGCGCCGAGGAGGCCAAUCAGUUGGCUGAGUCGCUGGAGUUGACGAAUACGCGCGUCAAAAUUUGGUUUCAAAAUAGGCGCGCCCGUCAGCGGCGCGAGAAGCGCGAAACGGAGGAGAGCUAUGAUUCGACAAUUUCAUCGAAUGCUUCUAGCCCAGAACCAAAUAUGGAUGAGCUAGUACUUCAGCGUGGCGUUGGAUGCUUGAAAUAG